AGCUGUAUUUUCAUGUCCCUUCGAUUUAUUGGUUUGUUAUUUAUUGUUGUUUGCAGGUAUUAUUUUCGGAUGUCUUGGCGCGUACUGUAUCGAUCGUUACAGUCGUAGGAUUCUGCUGGCGAUCUCGUCACUUAGCGUGAUGAUCAGUAUGCUCUUGCUAGGUUUGCAUUUUUUACUAUUGGAUUGCGGCUAUGAUCCCGGUGAUUUCGAGUGGCUGGUCAUUUUGUCGGUGCUGAUAUUCACGUUGCUCUGCUUCGGGCUCGUGCCGGUGCCCAGCACGAUGCUGAGUGAACUCUUUACAUCCGAUCUGAAGAGCACAGCUGGAUUUGUAAGCAGUAGCACGUCAGCGAUAUUUUCGUUUAUUGCUACCAAGACCUAUCAGCCGCUAGUGAAUAUCAUGAGACACCAAUAUGUUUUCUGGAUCUACGCUGCGAUUAUGAUGAUUAGUCUUGUAUACUCGCUUAUUUGGAUCCCGGAAACGAAAGGAAAAACAUUACAGGAAAUUCAAGACAUGAUGGCCGCGGGAAGUGCUAGAGAAAGGUCGCAACGGGUGAACUGUGUUGAAAUUGUAGAUGGUAUAACAAAUUAAAUUUUCUGGAGAUGCUCGAUGUAAUAAUUGGCAGUGUAAUUAGGAGGAAUUCAAAUGUAAAAGAUACAUACUCUUGCGUGCAUGUGUUAAUAUUAUAAAUAUUGCCAGUACACGUACUAGCAUAAACGAUUAUAGGGAAAAGAUUUGACAAAAAAUAUGAAUAUGUUAUAAAAGCGGUUGCGACUACAAUAAACAAAUAAUUGAGUAAGUAAAUUUAAGAUUAAUCUAGAAUGAUAUCCACAAACGAAUAUCCACGAACGGAAAAAGAUUAUGACACUGGAGCGAGAAACGAUAAUGCGGUAUACAUUAAUAAAGAUGCUUUGAAUCUAUCGUGGCAUAGUGAUUUAAACUUGUUAAAAUUUUGUCUAUAUACGAUUAGAUAUUUUCGUAAAUGAAUAUAACCGUGCAAUACGGUGCAAUGUUCAAAUAUAGCUAAAUUUAUUAUUAAUAACGUAUAAUGUAUGAUAUAAAAACUUUUUUUCUUACGAUAAUCAAUUAAGCAAAUUGCUCUUAAAUUCAACUUAUUACAAAUUACGAAUUAAUUGCAAAUAUUUUGUUCUAAAAGCAUAAAAUUUCAUUAUCUAUUAAUAUAGGUCAAUUAUAUUAAUACAGGUCAAUUCAUGAGAAGAAAUCCAAAGCCACUUAAUUUAGACAUUAGAUAAUGUUAUCAGUGUUGUUAUUUAAACACUUUAACAAAAUUUCUUAUCUUGCAUAAGUAAAAACAAGUACAGUAGCAGCCAAUGAAUUAUUGAUCAAGUGAGUAAAUGUUCAGAUUAGGGUCCUACCGAUUCCUUGACAUACAUUAUCAAGAACGUGGCUGAUUAACUUGCAAAAAGUUUUAGUCGUCGCUCGUUGUUUAUUAAAAAAACUAAACAAAAUUAAUUCAAUAGAGAUUUACGCAUGGAUUUUCAAUUUUUCACGUGAAGAAAAAUCCACUCUACAUCAUUCGGUGCAAAGAUUUAUUUAAACUAAACGAUUUAUCGAAUCAGUAUCUGAUCGAUCUGCUAACACAUUAUUUACUGUAAUUAAAAAAAUAGACAAUCAUAUCAUAUUGUUGGAAAUCCUAGAAGUGUUUAGCCAAUGAAUGAAUGACUAUAUACAUUAAACCGUAAACCAUAAAAUGAAUUUUGUUAAUCUCGAGAGUAGUACAUGCAUGUAAAAUAUUGAACCUUGUUGGCGUGAAACACAAAUAUUUCACGAUACGGAAUCCGAGAAAAUCAUUAUGCAGAAUAUUAUAUUUAGCAGAAUUUUUAUUUCGCCAACGUUAUAAUCAUUAUAAACGAAUAAAUGC